AGGGUUUCUCAUCCACUUCAGUUAAUUAUUUCUCACAUUUCAUCUCCUUAGAACUUAGCAAUCAUGGCACUCACUGCACAGCAAGAAUCCCUCAUUGUCAACUCAUGGGAUAUGCUCAAGAACAAUUCCACAGACCACGGCCUCAAAUUUUUCUUGAAAAUAUUCAGUGCUGCACCAGAAGCAACGGCAUUGUUCUCAUAUUUGAAAGAUUCAAGUGUUCCUUUGGACCAAAACCCCAAGCUCAAGACACAUGCUACUGUUGUAUUUGUCAUGAUUGCUGAAACAGCUAUUCAACUGCGAAAGACUGGAAAAGUCAAUGUGGGAGAAUCAAACUUAAAACAUUUGGGAGCUGUUCAUUUAAAAUUGGGUGUCACACAUGCACACUUUGCGUUGGCAAAGGCAGCACUUUUGGAGACAAUAAAAGAAGGGGUACCAUGCAUUUGGUCAACGGCAUUGAGUGAUGCAUGGGGAGUAGCUUAUGAUCAACUUGUUGCUGCUAUCAAAGCUGAGAUGAAGUAGUAAUAUAUAUGCUUAUGGAUUAGUACCUUCCUUCUCAAAAUUUUCAAUAAGAUUGAUGCAUCCAUCAAGUGUAUGUGUUUGUUUGUUUGUUUGUUUCAUCAUCAUGUAUGUUAUGUCAGGUGUUACUAAUAAUAAGUAAUAACACUGUUCCGAUCCUUGGGUCAAAUA